AUGGGUUCACGUGUUCAGGUCAGUUCCGCAGGUUCCAAUCUCUUUAUCUUCUCUUUUGACAAUGAAUCUGCUAGAGAUUGGGUUGUUGACAAUGGUCCUUGGCAUGUUCAUAAUAAGACCCUAAUUCUUAGGAAUUGGGAACCGAAUUCGCAAAGCCUUUGUUUUGAUUUAACUAAGAUUCCUAUCUGGGUUCAUCUAUACAAUGUUCCAUUAGAGCUUUUCUCCAGAGUAGGACAUAGCUACAUCUCUAGUGCAAUCGGUAAUCCUCUGUCGAUGGACUCCAUCACUGCUUCUAAAACUAGGCUUGAGUUUGCAAAAGUAUGUGUGGAAAUAGGUGUUAAUGAUGUCAUUCCAAAAUUCAUAGAAGUCGUCCUCAGAGAUGGACAUCAAACUUCAAUAACUGUUGAGGUUCCUUGGCAUCCUCCUUCUUGUAAGAAAUGCCGAGUAUUUGGGCAUAAUGAUAAGUCUUGUUAG